AUGUAAGAACCAAAAUAUUAACAAUUCCCCCUGCAGAACAUUCAAACACCAUAAUAAAUCGAAGAAUACGAUGAAUUAGAUGAUUAACAUGCGUAUAUAAUAGAGGCAACUGAAAAGCCAGUUGUGGUGCAUGACCCAAAAGCUGAAUAAAUGUAUUAUAUACUUCAUCAUCAGGAAAAAUUAUUUCUAUGCAAUCAGGAGAAAUCUGUUAGAUUUUAAGGAAUUGGUGGAUACUAUGAAUAAAAAGUAAUAAAUUGUUUGCAAGCCAAUGAUUUCGAAUGUAUUAAGAUCGAAAUAAAGUUUAGAUUAAAGAGAGAGCAAAUGAUGAUUAAGCCAAAGCCUAUCUAUGUAAACUAAGGACCUUGAGUAAAAUCAAAAAGUCAUACGGACUAUCAGAAUAUCUGAAUAAGAAGAGAGAAGAAGAAAAAAUAAUUGAAGAAUCACUUCAAAAAAUCUCUAACUAAUUUUCGUUUUCCUCUUCACUUCAAUUAAGAAUGUAUGCAAGAGCCUUCAAAUUAUCUUCCAAAGAUAAUUUUAUAUAUGCAAAUCUUUAUCAUGAUAGACUAAGCGAUGAUGCACCUUAUUUGUUAUUAGCCAAAAAGGAUUCACAAAUGGAAAUAUUACACGACCAGUUGGAUAUUAAGAAUCAAUAAUUAAUCAUAGAUUUAAAGGGACCCAAUCAAAGGUGGAUUUCGCUGUCCUAUAACACAAAUAGCAUUUAUGAAAAAUACAUUUAUGAUUAUUUGAAAAAGAACGACUAUUUAUAAAAAGAAAUAUUACAAUUCAGCUUGGAAUUCAACUAUAUCCAAGAAGGAACAGCUUAUAGAGAAGAAAUCAAUGAUUAGAUGCAAAAGAACAAAUUAAUAGUGGACAAUUAUUUAUUUAGUGUAUUGAACUUUAUAUCUAAUUUAGAAAUUGUUGCAUGAACUAAUAAUAAAAUAAGAUGGAUCUAUGGAAACUUACUUCUAAGAAGUGAAGAUCUUCAUAUUAGAACAUCAAGCAUAAGACUUGACUGACCCAAUAAGAUAUUAAAAUCUAUUGAGACAUUGCCAAUUCCCUGAAAACAUACAUGCUUUAAAAAAGUGA